AUGGAGAGUAGUAUUUUGGGAUUCAUCAUAGAUCUGAUUGAUGCUAUGAAAAAGCAGGAAGAAGAACAAGAAAUGGAAUUAAAGAUACAAGAAAAGGAACUGAAUGAAAAGCGGGUGGAAUUGAAUGAGUUAAGGAAAAAAAAGUCCCAGAUGGAAAGCAAGCUAAAUUUAAGCAAAACUCAAUUUGAUGCAUUGACUUCUUCUUUACAAGGUAGCACCCUUCAGAUAAGCCAAAUUAAAAUGAAAAUUGACCAAAUACAAGAGCAACAUAGGUUAAUGAGUAAAGCUAUCAAGCAUAUGGAUAAUGCGGUUUCUUUUGGUGAUUUCCGAAGUAUGUCAGACUUUACUUUGAAUGGUUUUUCUACACCGAAUGGUCUAUAUUUCACCUACUGUAGUUUUCAAGUGUUUACUGUUCCAAAAACCUUUGAUGACGUUGAACCAGCUGUAGCAACACCUGUCAAUGAUUUUCAGAGUGAUUCAUUCUCUGGAAGUGAUCCAUUUGGGGGAUUUGAUAUUGCUUCUGCCCCUACAAACCCUGAAAAAGAUCCUUUUGAUCCGUUUGGUUUAACUCAAGCAAGUUCUAAUCAAGCUCCUUCUAUG